AUGACGAAGGCAGGAGGUUUAGCAAGGAGUGAAACCAGACAAUACGAGAAAACCGAUAUGGCAUCAGACAAAAUGAACAAGGGAUUGCCAAUGACUGAUGGUUUGUCUACAGGAAGUGAAACUGCGAAUCCGAAGUUCGAGGGAAACAUGCCAACUAUUCAGCAAAAGGAGAGUACUCUUAUGCCAGAAGUUCAGACUCCUCAAACUCAGCAAAAGGAGAGCACUAUGCAAAAUCAAAGUCAUCAAAAUGGAAGCACUCCUGAUCCUCCAUCACAUCAGGGGAAUCAACAUAGGCAUAUAUCAUUGUUGAAAAUCUGA